AGUUCCAAGCUUGCAUCGAUGAUCCCUCCCUCAACAACCCUUGUCACUUGGACUUGUAGUAUAGUGUUCUACGUACUUUGACCACGGUUUUUUUCUUCUUCUUCUUUACCUUUCACCAUGGCCAGCGCAAAGCUACCACGUUUAGAGUGUUUCUUGAACGGGAGGGAACGGCUGUUUCCAAACAUUCAGACACAGUACAUGUAGCGAGAAUCUAAGCGCUCCAAAUAUUUAUAUGCAUGGGAACCGGACUGGAAGACCACAUUCUGAGAACAGGCCAUAGCCUCACAUGCACAUAUCCUGAACGGCAUUGUUAAAUGACGAUUGGAUGUCUUCACUGGUUUUGAAGGCCACCCCUCCCUAACCAGGGGCUGGAUUGCCGGACUGCGCAAAGCCAUCAGAGUUGAGUUGAGAGACAGGGGCGGGCGCCCACUGUAUUCCAUUCCACCACCUUCCAUCAUGCCAUCAAUCUCCCCCUGCUCUUGACUCUUGCCCUCAGCAAACCUUAAAAAACACUAGCAAACAGACACAAAAACCUUCAGAAUGCUAGUACUACAACCGUGUCCUCACCAAAUCUACUAGUACUGCUUAACCAAUUCCACUACUGUUUGCAUCUCUCUCUAUAUAUGCCCCGCGCAUUCUUGCUUUCCUGGCUGCCAAAACACUCGCCAUCCAUCGACCUCCGCUUCCAUUCUCCAGACAAAUCAGUGGACCUGUUUCUCGACGCCGCAUUGCUCGCUAGUUUGCUUCACCACCGCGGGUGACGGGCAUGGAGAGGAACGGCAAUGCCAUUGCCGGGCCACCGCCGGAAGAGAACAAGGGCGCGGACGGCAAGAGCGGGAGCCGGCGGAGCACGCGGUUCAAGGAGGAGAACGAGUACGUGGAGGUCACGCUCGACGUCGGGGCCGACGACGCGGUGGCCGUCCAGGGCGUCAGGGCCGCCGGCGAGACGCCCGACGCGGCGCUGCUGCCCCGGAGCGGCGGCCUGUCCUCGAGGCUCAAGGCCGAGCUGAGGCGCAUCGCGUCGGCCAAGCGUGGGGGCAGCGACAACGCGCCGGCGAGCCAGCGCCGGCUGGACCGGAGCAUGACCGGCGCCGCGCGCGCGCUCAGGGGCCUCCACUUCCUCAACCAGAGCGUGGUCACGCGGGGCAGCUGGCCUGAGGUGGAGAAGCGGUUCGACCGCCUCGCCGUCGACGGCCUGCUCCUCAGAUCACGCUUCGGCCAGUGCAUUGGGAUGGUUGGGUCGGAGGAGUUCGCGGCGCAGAUGUACGACGCGCUUGCAAGGCGAAGGGGGAUCGUUGCUCAGGUGCUGACCAAGGAUGAGCUGAGGGAGUUCUGGGAGCAGCUCUCCGAUCCAGGCUUUGAUGCCAAGCUCCAGACUUUCUUUGACAUGGUUGACAAGAAUGCAGACGGUCGGAUCACCGAAGAGGAGCUCAAAGAGGUCCUCACUCUGACGGCCUCCGCGAACAAGCUCACCAAAAUCCUGGAGCGCGUCGACGAGUACACUGCGUUGAUCAUGGAGGAGCUCGACCCCGACCAGCUCGGCUACAUCGAGCUUGCGACACUGGAGUCCCUGCUGCUGCUGCCCCCUUCCCAGGCGCCGACGAGCCUGGUGGCGCACAGCUCCAACAUCAGCCAGCUCAUCAGCCAGAGGCUGGUGCCGGCGCGGGACGCGAACCCGCUCCGGCGGGGCGUCACGGCGACGCGCUACUUCCUGGAGGACAACUGGAAGCGCGUGUGGGUGAUGGCGCUGUGGCUGUCCAUCAACGCCGGCCUCUUCGCCUGGAAGUUCUACGCGUACCGCCGCCACCCGACGUUCGACGUGAUGGGCUACUGCGUGUGCGUGGCCAAGGGCGGCGCCGAGACCACCAAGUUCAACAUGGCCCUCAUCCUCCUCCCCGUGUGCCGCAACACCAUCACCUGGCUCCGCUCCCGGACCAGCCUCGGCGCCGCCGUGCCCUUCAACGACAACAUCAACUUCCACAAGGUGGUGGCCGGGGGCGUGGCCGUCGGCGUGGCGCUGCACGGGGUGACCCACCUCACGUGCGACUUCCCGCGCCUGCUCCGCGCCACCGACGAGGCGUACGAGCCGAUGAAGCGCUACUUCGGGCAGGCGAGGGUCCCGGACUACUGGUGGUUCGUGCGGGGCGUGGAGGGCGUCACCGGCGUCAUCAUGGUGCUGCUCAUGGCCGUCGCCUACACGCUGGCGCACCCGCGGUUCCGCCGGAGCAAGCUCGGCGCGGGGAACCCGCUCAAGAGGCUCAGCGGCUUCAACAUGUUCUGGUACUCCCACCACCUCUUCGUCGUCGUCUACGUCGCCUUGGUCGUCCACGGCGUCUGCCUCUACAUCAACCGGACGUGGUACAAGCAGACGACAUGGAUGUACCUUGCCGUCCCCGUGUUGCUGUACGCCGGCGAGCGGCUUCUUCGGGCGCUGAGGUCGCACGGACUCACCACCGUGAGGAUCGAGAAGGUGGCGGUGUAUCCUGGGAAUGUGAUAGCCAUCCACAUGAGUAAGCCCCACGGCUUCAGGUACAGGAGCGGCCAGUACAUCUACGUCAACUGCGGCGAGGUCUCGCCGUUCGAGUGGCACCCAUUCACCAUCACCUCCGCUCCCGGCGACGACUACCUCAGCAUGCACAUCCGGUGCCGGGGCGACUGGACGAGCAGAUUCAGAGCCAUUUUCUCCCAGAUAUGCAGGCCACCGUCGGCAGGGCAGAGCGGCCUCCUGAGAGCCGACUUCACGUCCAUGGUGGAGCACAACGCCAACGCCAAGUUCCCGAGGCUGCUGAUCGACGGGCCCUACGGCGCGCCGGCGCAGGACUACCGCAAGUACGACGUGCUCCUCCUGAUCGGCCUCGGCAUCGGCGCCACGCCGCUCAUCAGCAUCGUCAAGGACGUGCUCAACAACGUCCACCGGCAGGACGGCGACGAGGGGUUCAUGACGAAGCGGGUCUACUUCUACUGGUGCACGCGGGAGGAGGGCUCCUUCGAGUGGUUCCGCGGCGUGAUGAACGAGGUGGCGGAGCGCGAUGCCGCCGGCGAGGAGUCCGUGGUGGAGCUGCACAACCACUGCACCAGCGUGUACGAGGAAGGCGACGCGCGGUCGGCCAUGGUGGUGAUGCUGCAGGCGCUCCACCACGCCAAGAGCGGCGUGGACGUGGUGUCCGGGACGCGCGUCCGCACGCACUUCGCCAGGCCCUGCUGGCGCGACGUCUUCAAGCGCGUCGCCUGCGACCACCAGGGGCAGCGCGUCGGGGUCUUCUACUGCGGCGACCAGAAGCUCACGCCGGAGCUCAGGCGGCUGUCGCAGGACUUCUCGCACCGGACCACCACCAAGUUCGUCUUCCACAAGGAGAACUUCUGACCUGAAUUUCGACAUGCUAAUUAGGCGAGCGAUACAGGAACGUACAUAUACACUUUAUUAUUCACUUGCUGUUUGCUAGUAGUAGUAUAUCAGACACGUACGGUCUUGCAUUGGGUAUGUACAUUUCUUCCUUUCUUCUUUGUACUAUAUAUCUUAAUUAAUAUAAGUAGGAGGGCAUCUUUGUCUAAAAA